AUGGACCUCUCCGAGGCGGAACAGAUCGGCGCCGCCCUCGGGUUCGAGGGCACGGUGAGCAAGACGGGCUACCUCGUGAAGCGGGCCAAGAAGAGCGGCGCCGCCCGGCGCGCGAACUGGAAGAAGCGCUACUUCGUGCUCAACGGGAGCUCGCUCGUCUACUACGAGACGCACAAGAAGAUGGACGACGCCAAGGGCGACCUCCUCCUCACCGUCGGCUGCGAGGUGAGCGACGUCGACGAGCCCAAGCGCCAGUUCUGCUUCGAGAUCUCCACGAACAACGAGGCGCUGCGGCUGUCCGCGACGUCCGAGGCCGAGCGCGACGCGUGGAAGGCGGCCAUCGCCGACACCGUGUCCCUGCUCGGCAGCACGUGCCAGUCCUACCUCUCCAUCGACGUCCGCGGCGUCUUCGGCACGAAGACGACGCGGAAGUUCUUCGUGCUCCACGGCUCGGCCCUCACGUACCACGCGGACCACCACUCGACCUACAAGAAGCAGGGCGAGUUCAAGCUCCAUUCCGGGAGCCGCGUCGAGCCCCGCGGCGACUGCGGCCUCGAGGUCGCGUCCGGCGAGAAGACCAUAACGCUCGUCGCCAAGUCCGGCGACGAGCGCGACGCCUGGCUCGCCGGCGUCGAGGCCGCCAUCGCCAAGCUCGUCGCGCGCGACGACCUCGCGAGCAAGCGCAGCGGCGAGAACGACGAGCAGGUGCUCCUCGACGGCUACCUCGCGACGCAGCCCCUGAAGGCGCAGCGCGACGACCCGUGGCCGCUCCGGUUCUACGCGCUGACGUCGUCGGCGCUCUACAAGGCCGAGGACAAGUACAGCCUCGAGGCCCUCAACGUCUACCUCAUGGAGCCGACGUGCUCCGUCUACCACACGCGGCUCUACGCGAACGCGUUCGAGCUCGUGACGACGCAGGGCGCGCUCCACCUCUACGGGUCGUCCAAGGAGGAGACGGAGGCGUGGAUCGACGCGCUCCGCGGCGCCAUCGCCAACUCCCGCGGCCUGUCGAGCGACCCGCUGUUGAGCGCGGCGAAGCGGAUACCGUUAGAGACCUACGACGUCCACUUCGCGACGAAGCAGAAGCUCAAACUGCUCAACAUCGUCCUCGAGCGCGCGGCCGAGUGGGCCGUCGUCAAGCACGUCCGCGCGCCGGCGGCCGGCGGCUCGCCGUCCGCCGCCGUCACGGAGGGCUCCGCGCUCGUCGCCGUCGACGGCGACUCGACGAUGAUCGCGCCCUACCAGGACACGAUCAAGCGCCUCACGGGCUGGCAGCCGCCGCUCACGCUCACCUUCGCGCGCGCGCCCGUCCUCUCCGGCUGGCUCCACAAGCAGGCCCGGGGCCGCAGCGCGCGGACCGGCGGCGCGUCCGGCGCGAAGAACAACUGGAAGGAGCGCUACUUCGUGCUCAAGGAGUCGAAGCUGUCCUACUACACGUCGAAAGACGACGAGGAGUCGCUCAAGGACCGCAUCCACCUCAUGGGCUCCGUCGUGUCCCUCGUGCCCAACCAGGAGAGCGGCCGCCACUUCACGUUCCGCGUCGUCUCCGGCUGCGCCGUCCUCGUCAUGCAGGCGACGACGGUGCAGGACAUGCUCCUCUGGGCGACGACGCUCUACCACGGCAUCGCCGUCGCGAACGGCGGCGGCUACCUCCUCGAGGCCGAGCGGCUCCGCGCGGCCGAGGCCGCCGAGGCGCGGCGGAAGCGCGACGAGCUCGAGGCCGCGCGCCUCGAGGCCGAGGCCCAGGCCGCGGCCGAGGCGGCCGCGCGGCGCGCCGAGGCCGAGGCGCGCGAGGCCCGGGAGCGGGCCGAGGCCGAGGCCGCGGCGCGCGCCGAGGCCGCGGCGCGCGCCGAGGCCGAGGCGACGCGCGCGGCGCUCGAGGCCGAGCGCCUCGCGGCCGAGGGCGAGGCCGACGCGGCGGCGCGCGCCGAGGCCGAGCGCGCGCGCGCCGAGGCCGAGGCCGCGCGCGCGCGCGCCGAGGCCGACGCGGCCGCCGCCGCGGCCGCGAGGCGCGACGAGGCCGCGCGCGCCGCGGCGCUCGCGGAGGCCGAGCGCUCGCGGGCCGAGGAGGCCGCGGCGCGGGCCGAGACCGACGCGGCGCUCGAGCGCGCGGCCGUCGAGGCCGCGGAGGCCGAGCUGAAGAGCGACCGCGCGUCGUCCGCGCCGCCGCCGCCCGCGGCCGAGGCGCCCGCGGCCAUGGCCCUGCCGGCGCCGCCGGACGCCGCGGCGCCCGCGGCGCCCGCCGCGCCGCCGGACGACGCCGCGGCCGGCGACGACGGCGACGACGACGACGACGGCGGCGCCGCGGCGGCCGCGGACGCCGACGAGGUCGACCUCACGGCGCCCCUCGAGGAGGGCGAGCUCGACGCCGUCUUCCACGUCGUCCACGCGGACAAGGGCUUCCUCAACACCAUGCAGUUCAUCGCGCUGCUCCGCGCCAUCGGCGCGUCGGCGGACGGCAACCUCAAGUUCGAGCUCGACCUCUUCCACGAGUUCGACGUCGAGGGCUCCGGCAAGCUCGAGAAGGCCGAGUUCACGCGCGGCUUCCAGAAGUACGUCGCGCGCCACGGCGUCGACAGCCCCCACGUCGCCGACAUCAUCCGCGGCGUCCGCCACUACAAGAAGCGCGGCACCGUCGAGCUCUGA